AUUUCUAGCUUUGUGCCUCAACAGUAUUUAUUUGUCUUCAAUAGAAUUUUCUGACCAUGGUUAUCACAAGGACAACCUCAUCUUGCAUUGCUGAUGGAAAUCAGGAGCUCGGCCAGGAUGAUGGGUGGGAGGUUCAGCAACCAUGUCCAUCAACAGAUGUUUUUCAUGACCUCUUACAAGGAAUCACUGAUCCCAGCCUUGCAUCCCUAGUUCAAGUUAUCCAGGUCCAGCACGAAGACCAGCAAAUGACUACUCAGCUCUUCACCAACUGCCAUCCACUACCUCAAGCGCAUCGCAAACUGAGCGAUGAUGACAAGCGCAACCCCAAGUACUAUCGUUACCAUUGCUUUGUCCACCAAGCGACUAUGGACUAUUUUUCCUUGAGAAGGAUUUAUCAUCGACGGGUCUCAGAAGGGCUGUUAGAAGUACCGAACAGAAGACAGAAGGUGGAUGAAGAUCCUCUCCCACGCCACAACCAAGGUGUCGUCAAUGUUUUCACUCAUGUAGAAAGCGUUGGAGUAGGUGAGCCAAUAAUUGAAUUCCCUGAUGAUAUGCCCAGUUACUCUGCUGUGCACUCCAAUGAACUCCGAAGUUUAAAAUGUUAUUUGAUCAGCUUGGUUUCAUUACCGACACGCGACGAAGAGCCACAGAGGCCAUACUCUCCAUCGCCAAUGAGGCUGGAGGAGAAUGCCUCAACACUGAAGCACAUGCUAGCUGCGCUUAUCUUGAAUCUUCUGAUGCUGAAUCCCUCAGCGAAGAAUUGUCAAGGCUUCGGCAGCAACAAUGAGCUUGCCCUUGGAUAUGUGCAGCUUGAAUUAAAGACUGAGACUCACUUCACUGAAGCUGCUUUUUAUGGUGAAUUCACCCUUUUUGGCGAAGUGACAGUAUCUCACCUAGGUGGCAUUGCCUUGCCCACAUGGAAUGACAUCAAAGAUAAGCCUGAUCUUGAUCUGCGAAGUGUCCUAGAGCAUAAAAGACAGAAGAAGGAAGUAGGAAAGGUUGUCCAAGCGCGUCCAAAACCCAUCGUCAGUAGUGUAGCCAUGUCUUUGGAUCAUCUAUUCUUCACUUCGAAGGGAGAUACUUUGAUUGGUGAACGAGGCCUUUCCAACAAGGUAGAAUGCCUAGCUCUUGAGGUUGGGAAUGAGAUUGUUGUUGAGCACCUAGAUUUUUCUGGCAAAGCUAAUUAUCUAGUACAGCCAGACAAGCUACCAACCCUUCAUGAAGCUCAACCGACUCUCAUUUCUCUAGAGCCCCUCAAAGCUGUUGAUCUUGGGGAUGAUCCAACAAAUCCUAGGCAUGUACAUAUUAACACUACUCUUUCUACGGAUGAAAGAGCCAAAAUGGUUAAGUUGCUUCGAGAAUAUAAGGAUGUUUUCGCUGGAACUAUGAUGAAAUGCUGGGGCUUGGUGGCACAUUCUUUGAAUGUUGAUCCUAAUAUGAGGCCAGUUGUGCAGCCAAACUGUGCCUUCCAUCCAAAGGUUACUUUGAAAAUUAAAGAAGAAGUUGAGAACCAUUUGGCUGCCUACCCCAAAGAUGAAUUCUUUGUCCCAAACAUGGACAUGUUGAUGGACAAAACUAUUGGCUGCGAGAUGUACUCUCUCAUGGAUGGCAGUAGUGGGUAUAACCAGGUCAAUAUGUGCCCUAGUGAUGUAGAGAAAACUGCUUUUCGGACCCCUAUUGGCAAGCCAUUUAAAGUCUAUUUGUCCACUUUUGACAAAACUGUGAGUGCACUGGUUGUCCAAGAUGACCAAGAAGGCAAGGAACAGCCAGUUUAUUAUGUCAGUCGAAACCUCAAGGGCGCCGAAUCAAGUAUCUUAUUUCCGACGAAGUCCCAAGUGGUGAGGUUGCCACUACACAGAAAUAUGAGGAAGAAUGGACAUUAUAUUUCAAUGGUUCUUUCACGGCUGAAGGGGGACCUAUCUCGCUAUGUUAUUAUUUCUCGUGAGCUAAACUAUCGCCUCCGUAGCGAAAUUUUGGCCAAGUGUGUCAACGAUAAGGAGGCUUAUCACAGACUUAGGGAGAUUCAUAAUCGCACAUGUGGUCAUGAUAGCCCUGUGAGCCUCUAUCGCCAGGUCCAGCGAGCAGGUGUUCAAGAUUGGCGCCAUCCUUACAUGGAGUACUUCGCUGAAGGGAUAUGGCCAGAAUCCUUGAAGGAUGCACACAAUCUAAAGAGAUACUUGUCAAAAUUUUUCAUGGAUGGUGGAGUUCUAUUUCGUACUAACUUUGCCGAUAUGAGAACUCUUUGGCCUUUUCAUACUUGGGGCUUGGAUCUCAUCAUUCUCAUUCACCCUUCAUUUGAGGGUUACAUUUGGAUAUUGGUGGCCACCGAAUAUUUUACCAAAUGGGUGGAGGCUAUCCCUCUUCGCAAGGCUACUGGCCUAGCGGUGUCAAACUUUAUCAAGGAACAUAUAAUCUGCCAUUUUGGGAUCCCAUACAAAAUUGCCUCUGACCAUGUAAGGAAGAACAUCGCUGGACCAUCCAAGUUCACUACCAAUUGGGAUGGUCCUUACAUCUUCGUGGAAGCACAUUAUAGUGGAUAUUAUCGCCUUAACACUCACAAGGGAGAAUCGCUAUUGGAUCCCAUGAAUGCUAAGUGGCUUAAGCCGUACUAUUGUUAAGCUUCACCAACCUCAUUUAUUUUUGUAAUUUUAUCUCUGGUGUUGUCAUUUAUUCCAGCCAAGAGAAUUAGUUUCAUCCAUGGUGUAUCAUCAAAUGUAAGAUGCAAAUAGUACCCUCUUAUUAUGUUUGGCACUUUAUGUAUUGGCCUGUUUAGAGUCCUUUU